CAGACAAAGACGGACUGAAAGCAAAAAUGCUGAGAUUUCAGUGUGUGUUUUUUGUUCUUGUCUUGUACUUGAAAGGUUCCUUUUCUCAACUCAAUGUUUGUGGUCAGGCACCUUUUAACAGCCGUAUUGUGGGUGGACAGAAUGCCACAGCUGGGGCCUGGCCAUGGCAGGUUAGUUUACAGAGCCCCGCUUACGGCGGUCAUUUCUGUGGUGGAUCCCUCAUCAACAAUAAGUAUAUUCUGACAGCAGCACAUUGUGUUAACAGCAUUUCCAUGUCUGGCCUGACUGUGUAUUUGGGGAAACAGACACUGUCCGGCUCUAAUCCCAAUCAAAUUGUAAGAGGUGUUACAAAAGUGGUCAUUCACCCUCAAUUCAACAGUGCGACCCUUAACAACGACAUUGCACUUCUCCUUCUGAACUCCUCAGUACCCUUCAACAGCUACAUCACUCCAGUGUGUCUGGCCGGGCAAGGCAGCACAUUUUCAGCUGGCACCAACUGCUGGAUCACAGGCUGGGGAAACACUGCAAGUGGAGUGCAACUGCCAGCUCCGGGUGUGCUUCAGGAGGCCAUGGUGCCCAUUGUCGACAAAAGUCUGUGUGAUUUUCAACUGGGACCUGGAUCUAUUACCCCAUACAUGAUCUGUGCUGGUAAUCUACAAGGAGGCAAGGAUACCUGCCAGGGCGAUUCUGGAGGUCCCUUGGUGGCUAAGCUGGGUGCAGCCUGGAUUCAGGCCGGUAUCACCAGUUGGGGUGAGGGCUGUGCCAGCAAACCUGGUGUGUACACCCUGGUGUCCCAGUACCAGUCUUGGAUAUCUAGCAUCAUCACACAAAAUCAACCUGGCUUUGUCAAGUAA